UUCCUCUCAUCAGUCAGGAUCGAUCAAUCAGCGGAGAAGCAGAGCACAGAAUGUCGACGACGGACCCAACGGAAUCUUUCAAACCUUAUACCCUAACCCAAACCCUAACGGGCCACAAACGUGCCAUAUCGUCCGUCAAGUUCUCGUCGGAUGGUAGCCUCUUGGCAUCGUCCGCUGCUGACAAAACCCUCCGCACAUACUCCUUCUCAAAUUCCGGUAAUGCCCCUUCCGUCUCCUUUCUCCAUGAGUUCACAGGCCACGAGCAGGGCGUCUCAGACCUAGCCUUCUCUGCCGAUUCCCGCUACCUCGCAUCGGGCUCCGACGACAAGACUGUCCGACUGUGGGACGUUUCCACCGGCAACUUGCUCAAGACCCUCCAAGGUCACACAAACCACGUUUUCUGCGUCAAUUUCAAUCCCCAGUCAAACGUGAUCGUGUCCGGCUCCUUCGACGAGACCGUACGCCUUUGGGACGUCAAGACUGGCAAGUGCUUGAAGGUACUACCCGCGCACUCUGACCCCGUCACCGCAGUCGAUUUCAGUGCGGACGGCUCCCUCAUUGUUUCCAGUAGUUAUGAUGGAUUGUGUAGGAUUUGGGAUGCCAGUACGGGCCAUUGUAUUAGGACAUUGAUUGAUGACGAGAACCCACCCGUCUCUUUCGUGAAGUUCUCUCCUAACAGCAAGUUCAUUCUCGUCGGAACGCUUGAUAACAAUUUGAGACUCUGGAAUGUGUCAGCUGGGAAGUUUCUCAAGACGUAUACCGGCCAUGUCAAUGCAAAGUUUUGCAUUUCAUCCAGUUUUUCUGUGACGAAUGGGAAAUAUAUCGUCAGUGGAUCUGAGGAUAAUUGUAUCUACUUGUGGGAACUUCAAACCCGAAGAAUAGUUCAGAAAUUGGAAGGCCACUCUGAAACUGUUAUAGCAGUGUCAUGUCAUCCCACUGAGAAUGUGAUUGCUUCUGGUGCCCUUGGCAAUGACAAGACAGUGAAGAUCUGGACUCAGAAGGAAGAAUGAUCCACUAACGCAAACAUUUCUAUCCAUGAUACUGGUGGAACAUUUAUGAUGGAUGACUGUCUUGUGCCGUCCACUUGGUCCAUGUUGCUGCACAAGAAUCUUUGUUAUAUAUCAGCCUAGUGUAUUGAAAAGACCUCUCUCAUCUGAGAUCAAUAUGAACUCAAUGUUGUCCAUAUAAUUGUUAUUUAUUAAGGUGAUUCCCUUGAAAAUGUAAGGCAACCCACGGGUUUUUAUUAGUUGAAACAGCUGUAAUUAAUGAAGUCUCUAGUUAAGGUUUUAUGACACUGGUGUGAUGUAUAUAUGCACCUGCUUUGAUGGCUAGGAAUUGAGGAUCAGCAAGACUUGCAAAAUAUAUACGCUUUCGUGCCCUA